AUGACUGCCACUGAUGUCGCAAGAAUUAUAAUGGUUGUGCAGUUUUUAAUUUUUGGAUUAUAUAGCGUUGCUUCAGAAUUACUUCAGCGUGCUGUGGCUGUGGCUGAGAAAACAACAGAUAGGAUGGUCUUCAGAGUACACGAUGGUCAGAUAAUAUUUGCUGAAAUGAAUUGGGGUUUAAUGAAAUUUGAUGUUAAGACAAACAGACAACUCUUCAAUUACAAAGUUGUAUAUGUAAAGAAAUUUAACCCUUCAAAUUCAAUUCUAAGUAUUGAUCAUUAUGGUAACGAAGCCAGUUUGUAUUGGUCAGGUCCAAGAAAUAACCAAAUAAGCAGAUAUCUAAUAAACUCUAAUAUAAAUCAGAUUGUUGUUCGAGAAUAUCCUUCAAUGUGGGUCCCGCUGAAUGUACAACAAACAUUACGUCACAGUUGUCGAAAAUAG